GAGGAGGACAUGCUGGAGCUCCUGAAGUUUGACCGCAAACAGCUCCGCUCCGUCAUCAACACCCUGAAGAUGGACAAGUUCAUCAAAUGCCGGAUGAGGGUGGAGACCGCCUCUGACGGCAAGACCACGCGGCACAACUAUUACUUCAUUAACUACAAACUGCUGGUCAACGUGGUGAAGUACAAGCUGGACCACAUGAGGAGGAGGAUCGAGACGGACGAGAGGGACUCCACCAACCGGGCGUCCUUCAAGUGCCCCAACUGCUCCAGCACAUUCACCGACCUGGAGGCCAAUCAACUGUUCGAGGCAACAUCAGGGAAGUUUCUUUGCACGUUCUGUCACACGGAGGUGGAAGAAGACGAGUCCGCCAUGCCGAAGAAGGACGCUCGCACUCUAGAGUCGCCCGGUUCAAUGAACAGAUAAAGCCUUUAUAUGACCUUCUGCGACAGACCGAAGAUAUCAACCUGGCCUAUGAAAUCCUGGAGCCGGAACCUACGGAGAUCCCAGCUCUCAGGCAGA